UUCCAACAUUUUGCACUUUAGCAUAUCAUUUUUGGGAAAAGAUGGAAUCGUAUAUUCUAUAGUGUGGCUUAACUUUUUACUCAUUGAAGUGAGAUGUACGGGAGGGAACUGGUGGACCUCCGGAAGGAAAGUCGAUGGGAAUUCCUUAAUACACUGUUCUCCGUCUCAGAAGCUGUCGCUUAUAUGCAGAUGGUUGACAGAUUGGAUGAUGGAACCAUAGCAGCACAACUUGGUCCACUUGAUUAUAAAGGGCUCUAUAAGGCUGUUGGAAGAGCCCUCUUCAGGGCACAUGUAGAGGGUCAACUAAAGAGUGAGAUAAUGUCUAAGCCUGAACUAUUUGUGACACCUGAUCCAGAAUUACCCCUAGCACUUUUGGAUCAAAAGGAGGCUGGUAAAAAGCUUCUGCUCAUUACCAACUCAGAUUAUCAUUACACAGACAAAAUGAUGCAGCAUUCCUUCAACAGAUUUCUUCCCAAUGAUAUGGGUUGGCGGGAUUUAUUUGACAUUGUAAUAGUCUCCGCAAGGAAGCCAGAGUUCUUCCAAAUGUCACACCCUAUGUAUGAGGUGGUGACAGGAGAGGGGCUCAUGCGUCCAUGCUUCAAGGCUAAAACAGGGGGAUUGUAUUCUGGGGGAAGUGCUCAGAUGGUUGAGAAUUCCCUAAAUAUUCAUGGAGACGAAAUACUGUAUGUUGGUGAUCAUAUCUACACUGAUGUAAGUCAAUCUAAAGUUCAUCUGCGAUGGCGGACAGCAUUGAUUUGUCGAGAAUUGGAAGAAGAGUUUAGUGCUUUGAUUCAUAGCCGGGGUCAUAGAGCAUCACUGGUAGAGCUUAUAAAUCAAAAGGAGGUCGUAGGGGAUCUUUUCAACCAACUUCGGCUCGCCUCACAAAGGCGAACUAAAGGACGCCCUGCUCAAACCCUUGCUGCAACAAACUUGGAUGAUCAUGAACUCUCAGAAAGCAUGCAAAAGCUACUUAUAGUUAUGCAAAGACUGGACCAGAAAAUUGCUCCAAUGCUAGAAGCAGAUGGAGAGCUCUUCAACAAAAGGUGGGGAUUUCUUUCCCGUGCAGGGUUCUGGGAUAAAAGCCAUCUGAUGAGACAAAUUGAGAAGUAUGCCGAUAUAUAUACCUCCAGGGUGUCAAAUUUCUUGCAUUAUACACCUUUCAUGUAUUUCCGCUCACAGGAACAGACGCUUGCUCAUGAUUCGUACUCAUACUACUGUUCGAGGUUUAAUGGGUCUGCUGUGGAUGACGAGGUCGACUUUAUGUUGUAUAAGUGCAUUUUUGGCUGUAAAUAUUGCUCAAGUCGACCAUGCUAAUUAUUGUAGUAUCUUGACUCCAUUGUUGUUCUGUAUGAAUGAUCCAGGCACUUUACAAUUUUCAAGGUUAUAAACUAAUAAUGAAUAAUAAUGUUUGAUUACUAAUUAGUAAUCAGUGCUUA